AAGAAUGACUUUGCCAUCGUUUCCACAAAGUUGAAUGGCAAAAAUAGAUGAAAAACAAACUUAGGUGGUCUCACUGUAAUUAAUCGAAACAUUCAUAACCUUCUUUCGCCGGAGAACCACCGCGAUGGCGCCGGCGAGUACUGCACGUGCCGCCGCCGCCGCCGCCGCCGCAACACUGCUCUCCGUAGCCAUAUUCUCUUAUUAUUUUCACUGCAAAACGACUCAACAAAAGUCUUCGCGAAGAAAAAAACGUAGAAAUGGAGUUAUCGCCGCCAUUGGCAACACUCCGUUAAUUAGAAUCAGUAGCCUCUCCGAUGCAACUGGCUGUGAAAUUUUAGGGAAAGCAGAGUUUUUGAAUCCUGGAGGUAGCGUUAAAGACAGGGUAGCUGUGAAGAUUAUUGAAGAGGCCCUGGAAUCAGGAGCAUUAGCUGAAGGUGGAGUAGUCACAGAGGGCAGUGCAGGAAGCACAGCCAUUAGUCUUGCAACAGUAGCACCUGCUUAUGGGUGCAGAUGCCAUGUGGUUAUUCCAGAUGAUGCUGCUCUCGAAAAGGCACAAAUACUGGAAGCACUAGGAGCUACUGUUGAAAGGGUCAGGCCAGUUUCUAUCACUCACCGUGACCAUUUUGUUAAUAUUGCAAGAAGAAGGGCACUGGAAGCAAGUGAAUUAACAUCAACCUGCAGAAAAGAAAAGCAAAUUAAUGCCAAUGAUUCUAGUCAAAUCAAUGGUCACUCAAUUAGUGAGGAAAAGCAGAAUAUGAAGCUCGCAUCAAUCAAUGGUCACUCAAUUAGUGAGGAAAAGCAGAAUAUGAAGCUCGCAUCAAUCAAUGGUCACUCAAUUAGUGAGGAAAAGCAGAAUAUGAAGCUCGUGUCUGAAUGCAAGGGUGGAUUCUUCGCGGAUCAGUUUGAAAACCUUGCAAAUUUCAGGUCACAUUAUGAGGGCACUGGGCCAGAGAUUUGGGAACAGACAGGUGGCAAGUUGGACGCUUUUAUUGCUGCUGCAGGUACAGGUGGCACUGUUGCUGGUGUUUCCCAGUUUUUGAAGGACAAAAACUCAAAUAUCAAGUGCUUUCUUAUUGAUCCUCCUGGCUCUGGUUUAUAUAACAAAGUAACAAGAGGAGUAAUGUACACGAGGGAGGAGGCUGAAGGACGAAGGCUGAAGAAUCCAUUUGAUACAAUAACAGAAGGAAUUGGAAUAAAUAGACUGACUGAAAAUUUUAAGAUGGCAAAACUUGAUGGAGCUUUCCGAGGCACAGAUAUGGAAGCUGUUGAAAUGUCCAGGUAUCUGUUGAAAAAUGAUGGCCUAUUUAUUGGAAGUUCUUCAGCUAUGAAUUGUGUUGGAGCUGUCAGAGUGGCCAAGGCACUAGGUCCAGGACAUACAAUAGUGACGAUCUUGUGCGAUAGUGGUAUGAGACAUCUGAGUAAAUUUCACAAUGCUGAAUACCUAUCUGAACACGGGUUGACACCUUCAGCAGCUGGUUUGGAGUUCCUUGGUCUCAAUUGAUUUAUGACUAGUUCAUGAUUGUAUUGAUACUUUUGGGUUUGAUUGUAUUGAUACUUUCGGGUCCUCAUAUAAUUUAAUUCAUUAACAGCACUAGCUUAGCCUGGUUAGGUUCAUCUCAGAUAGGAAAGUUUUUCAUUUCAAAUGUCAGGAGCAUUAUUGAGUUUUCAGAUACAAUACCAUGUAAUAGCCGAGCUGAUGUGGUAUAUAAUCUGAUAGAAAGAGAAAAUGUUUGACAAUUUUAUUA